GCUAGAGAAUCUAUCUGGUUGUAAUAUUGUUUAAUGUGCUCCAGUAUGUAGUAGUAGUACUAGUUACAACAUAGACACCAUAGUGUUGCAUAUCGGUGUGUAUAAUACUCAGGCGUUUUCUCGUGACAGGCUGUAUAUACCACUCUUUCCAUCGCGUAGAGAUAAAUCUGGAUAGCUAUUAAUCCACGAUGCCUGAAGUCCUUGAUAUAACAUUUCGGCUUAUUACUGGCCAGGACAUCAAACUUCAGGUUCGCGAUGAUGGGAAGAUAUCCGAGGUUAAAGGGUUAAUAGCAGGUCAUUGUGACAUAUCGCCACGGGACAUGAAGUUGAUUUUCAAGGGUCAGCUUCUGGUUGACGACCGUACAAUAGGUUCAUAUGAUGUUGCCAAUGGGUCAACAAUUCACAUAAUAGGCAAUUCUCCAGGUCCAUCUAAUAAUACCCAAACUAAUCAAGCUAACACUUCUAUGCCAUCGAUGUUAUUUGGUACGGCUAUGAAUGCCUUCAUGAGGGAGUUCAUGGGUACUCCUGAAGGGCCUGCAUCAGGUUCAAAUGGCCCAUUUACUGGUGUAUUUCCUGAGGGCACGUUUGGCAAUGCACCCGGUCAGGCUACUGGUGGCUCCACUUUUGGUGAUUUCAUCAAUGCUUCGGGUGGCCCUGAAGUGCUACUAAGGCAGGGACUCCAGUUUGCCCAGCAAAUGACGGCUGGCAACCCAGAUUUAGGUCAGGCGGCCUCUAGGUUAUUCUCAGGUAUGAUGGGCGGCAUGAUGAAUCCAGGUCACGCGCAAAAUACGGGCCCUAACAACUCAUCAGCUACGUCCUCUGAACCUACGCGCGAUUCCACUCGGACCAAAGCACCAUCCAAGAUGAACCAGCAGGACAUAGAGACUAUAGUACUUGCCAAAGACUGCCUGGAUGUAUGCUGCGAUGCCAUAUCUGGUCUUGAUAGCGACGAGGGCAUAGGCGGUUCACAGGCAAGCAAAGAGCUCCGCUCUCAGUGUGAGGAUGGCAUUAAACUAUUGUGUAGGAACAAUGACAUAUACCUGGACGACCCAAAGUCAUUUAAGGAGCUGUUGCCGUGGAACCUGCUGCAUACACUGGAAAUGGACCUCGGGGUUAAGGAGUACCACAAUGUGAACCAGCAGGACAUGACCGACUUCAUGCAGCGGUACCGAGAUGCACAAACCAGGGUCCACGACCUCCUGCGUGAAUUGGAAACCAUUUCCGAACCAUCGGAGCCAGUAGACAUGGACAAGGUAUCCAGGAUAACGUCUAUAUGCGCGUUGCAGACGGCCAUCCACGGCCAGAUGGCACUGAUCACUACUAUACUUGGGAACAAAAUUAGUCACGCCAAGGAUAGCUCCUUGGAUACUUCAUCUAGACCCGGCUUCACUAAGGCCAAGCCUCACGAGAGGGCUUCUGGGCCCACUGUAUCAUCCAAUGUGCGCCAGGGACUCAACACAGCUUCGAUAUUGCCUAGCACCACGCAAUCAAGUUCGUUGCUGGCCAGUUUGGGUAUAGUGAACCCACCUCAAGCACCGACGAUAUCGAUUCCCGCGUACUCCAGCGACGAUAUACUCGUGGAUUCCACGUGGUUGCGCAAGCAACUGACUCAGUACCGCAACAGCACUGGAUUCAAAUCGCGCAUGAACGAUUUGGUUCGCGAUACCAAGAAACUGAGCAACAUCUAUUGCACUGGUAUCUUGCCAAAAUAAAGCCUUAAGGAAUUAGUGUGGUAU